AUGGCAAUGCAACCGCCGCUUGCCAACGACAAGAAGAGAGUCAAGGUCUAUGAGCUGCGCGAUAAUGACUGGUUCGACAGAGGAACCGGCUUUUGUACCGGUCAGGUCAUCAAUGAUGAACCGCGCAUCUAUGUCGAGUCCGAGGACCAACCCGAUCGCAUGCUGUUGGAAACGCGCAUCGUUAAGGACGAUGGCUACCAGAAACAACAAGAUACCCUGAUCGUGUGGACAGAAACAAAUGGGACCGAUAUGGCCUUGAGUUUUCAGGAAGCGGAAGGAUGCGCGGUCAUCUGGGAUUUUGUACAUCAAGUUCAGCAACAGCUUAUGUCCCUUCCCGAUGAUGGCCUUUCGGACGAUGCGCUCGAGAACAUGACCUCCUCCUUCACCUUAAGCCUACCCGACUUGAACAAUCUGGACGAAAUAGAGCAGAACAUAAGACAUGCAAGUAUCACACAAGGCGGGCGCGAGGCUCUCGCAAAAUUUUUAAUUCGAGAGGAGUAUCUACUGAAGUUGAUACCGUUGGUCGAGAUUGCCGAGGACUUGGAAAACUUGCCAGACUUGCAUCGCCUUUGCAAUAUCAUGAAGGCUCUCAUCCUGAUGAAUGACAACUCGAUCAUUGAGUAUCUGGUUACCGACGAUGUCAUCCUAGGCGUCGUGGGCGCGCUCGAAUACGAUCCCGACUUUCCCACGCAUAAAGCCAAUCAUCGACAAUACCUGGCAGACGAGUCCAGGUACAAAGAGGUGGUCGAGAUCAAGGAUCAAAACAUCAAACGUAAAAUCAGGCAAACCUGGCGUCUCCAGUACCUGAAGGACGUUGUUCUGGCCAGAAUUCUCGAUGAUCCCACGUUCGGUGUCUUGAACUCCCUCAUUUUCUUCAAUCAAGUCGACAUCGUUCAGCAUCUUCAGAAUAAUACCCAGUUCUUAAAGGAACUCUUCGCCAUUUUCAGCCUCGAAAACACCGAUGUGAAGAGGAAGGAACAGGCUGUCCAUUUCCUACAGCAGUGCGCCGCAAUCGCCAAAACAUUACAGAUGCAGUCCAGGGCAAAUCUACUUAAUAAUUUCAUUGCCCAUGGACUUUUUGCUGUCAUUACUUUCGCCGUCAAGCACCCUGAGCCUUCAAUGAGAACCACCGGCAUAGACAUCCUGGUCGCGUUGCUCGACCAUGAUCCGAGUAUGAUGCGCGGGUACAUGCUCAAGGCCGUUCACGAAAAAAAAACCCCGCUCACAGAUACCUUGAUUGAGCUUCUGCACGCUGAGACGGAUCUGGGGGUUAAGAACCAGCUUGCCGACGCAAUCAAGAUCUUGUUGGAUCCUCAGCCACCCUCCAACGACCAAAUGGGAAAUCGACAAAACUCGGAAUUCAUGACAAAAUUGUCCCGGCCACAAAUUACACCAACGCAAGCUGCGAAUGAACAGUUCGCCCAAGAUAACUUCGAUCGAUCCUGUCGAAAGCUGUUUCAGCCUCUCAAGUCCUUAGAGUCCAGAGAUUCGCUACAGAAUUUCAGCUAUCAAGAGGUUUCUCUAUACUCUUACCUCAUUGAGAUACUCACCUUCUUCGUCCGACAGCAUUCAAUGCGAAGCAGACCAUUUGUCUUAUCUGAAAAUCUUGGCCCACGAGUUGCCCAGUUGCUCAAAGUCCCUCAAAAGCCUUUGAAGCUGACCGCUUUGAAGUUCUUCAGAACGACUGUGUCCCUACAGGAUGGCUUUUAUGCUGCCCAGGUCGUCAAGAGCGGAGCAUUCGACGCGAUACUAGACAUUGUGAUCGACACCAUGCCUAGAGACAACUUACUGAAUUCAGCUUGCCUAGAACUUUUCGAGUUCAUCCGGAAAGAAACCAUCAAACAGGUCAUUGUACAUCUUGGGCAGCAGUAUAGAGAAAAGCUGCAAAACAUCACAUAUGUCGAUACGUUUGAAAAUCUUUUGAUCAGGUUCGAGCAACUGACAACGGAACCUCCACCCGAACCCGAGCAUACCUUGUUCAGUCAAGAUGACGCGACACCACCAACGAAUCGAUCUCACCUAAAUGGAAGAUGGCAAGGUCUUGCGGACAUGGAUUCGAAUGAGGAAGACUAUUUCAACACCUCAGAUGACGAUGAGGAAGAGAGGGAGGAAGGCACAGAUCAUGAACAUGCCAAAGACGUAUCAGAAAGGAUGCAAUGGCAUCGGAGAAGGAUGAAGUCUGAGAUGAUGAACGGCAGCGCCUCUCCAAUCAGCAAACCACUUGUCGAUUAUCCGGACGAUGACGAAGAUGAAGCUAUGGAUUCCAAAGCCAUACCGUCUCAGGCACCACUCACACCAGACAGCAGUAAAGACGGCUCUUCUCCUGAAGCCAAAGCGGCCCCAGAGAAGACACUCCAACCAUCUCCAGACAUCAAGGCGGCCGGCGACUCGGACGUACAGGCACCACCGGAGCGAUUAGCUGAGAAGCGAAGAAGACAAGACGAUGACGAAGACGACGAACUAGGAAAACUGAGCGGAGGACCCAAACGCCGGAAUUCCUCUUCGAGCACUUCCAGUCUUGCGUCCCAUGGGUCCAUACGUCGGAAGAAAGGAUUCUUGAGAUCGAAACAGGCUGGUGAUGGUGCGACCCUUCCCAGUAGCAAUGCCGACACGGAGAAUCACAUCGAAGGCCGCAAACCGCGCAAGAUCGCUAUCAGUCUGACCAAUGCUUCAAAUAAGGCAGAAGAGAAUAAGAGCAAUACCAAUGUGGGCGGACCGAACAAAUCGCCUGCUGCGGCCAAGGAACAACAGUGA